AUGGACGAUGUACUAAGCCGGCUCCUUGACAAGGCCUGGGACAGGUUCCAAGAAACACCCAGUGACACACGAUUCUGCAAAACCACACUCUCCAAGCGCCUCACAACGGCACUCAAUGCCCGACACGCAGCCCACUCCCCCACCGAACCCCCCAUCGCCGCCUUCGUACCAAUGGACGGCUACCACCACACCCGUGCCCAGCUCGACGCCAUGCCCGACCCGGUAACCGCCCAUGCCCGGCGAGGGGCCGAGUUCACCUUUCGACGGCGAGGGCUUCGUGCAGCUUACCUCCUCCUCCCGCACCCCCCCUGGUCGCACGCCCACCCCCUCUUCUCCCUCACAAUUUUCGUCUCCGUCUCCACCUCGCUGGCACGCACCCGGCUCGCAGCACGACACGUCGCCGCCGGACUGGCAGCCACCCUUGCCGAGGGCGACCGGCGCGCCGUCGAGAACGACCUGCCCAACGGGCCCGAGGUGACACGGCUACUGCGGCGGGAGGGGGUGGAUGAGGUGGUGGAGAGUACGGAGGAUGGGGGCUGGGCGGGGUUGUGA